UUUUAGCGGACAGAGUGCAGGUGCCUUUGCCGGAGCCAACAAGAUGAAGCUGUUCCUGAUUACCUUGAGCGCCGCGCUUUUGAGCUCCCAGGCGCUGGCUGAGAGAGGUCACUCGGGGAGCGGACUCGGCGCUUCUCUCGCGGCAGCAUCGGGCGUCAGCGCCUCCCACGUUGGCCACCAGGGUGUCGGGGUGUCCGUGUCCAGCCACGGGAGUCCUCAUGGGGGACUCUCUUCUCCCAUACUGAGCCUUUCUCCGGCAGCCACGCAAGGAAUUGGAGGCUUCCCGGUAGAAAUCUACGGGAAUGGAAACCACCUAGGAGGCACCUACGGGACCAGGGGCAUUCUGGGCGGUUCCCCUGGGAGCUACCUCUUUGGGAAUGCGCUAGCAGGCCAGGGAGCAUUCGGGGGCUCCAAUGGUCUCACUUACUUUAGUGGUCAAACGCCCGGAUUUGGCGCAGGCAUUGUGCCGGGCAGCCAAAACUUGGGUUCCUUUGGCCUUGGAACAGCUGGUGUUGGAUUAGGUGGGUAUGCCGCGGGCCUCAAUUACCCCCUCCCUAACGCCGGAUUGAGCGGCGUGCCUCCCAGUAUCGGCUACCCGACCUACAACACAGGCUACUCUCCCAGUGCUGGGUACCCCGCCUACAACAAUGGCCUAGGCGUGCUGCCCCUUGGCCUAGGUUAUCCGGUAUCCAGCGCAGGGUUCGGCGGGGUUUCCCCUAGCCUCGCAGGCUCCGCCGUCGCGUCUGCCGGCAAGUGAGAGCGAGCACCGACGGCGAUCCGAUGGAAGGCAUAACACGUCUGUGCGGACGAAGUGUGUUAAUAAACUAACCUACAUUA